UUCUUCGGCGUGGAUGUCUCCUCUUCUCUGAAAGUAGUCUCUCCCCCUAAAACCCAGCAAAUCAAGUAAAAACUCUUAAGGAAUCUGUGAGGAAUGGCCACACAGCAUUGCAAAGCUCCAUGAGAUCGCCUCUGUCCUUCUACAAAUCUUACUCCUUUUCCACCAUGUUUUUCCCUUUUGUCCCUUCCUUUUCUCUCUAUUUUCCUCUCUGCAACUCUCCAUCUUCCAGAACCUUAGUCGGCGCCAACCAUACCUCUGCUCGAUUCUGCUCUCGCUAGGGUUAGGAUUAGGGUUACAGUUUGGGUUUGAUACGUUUCUUUCAGUUUUUUAAGGGGUUAUUCAUUUGUAGCCAUGGAGCCUACUGCAGGGAAGCCCAGCUUUAUGAGGAAUAUGAUGGUGCGAGUGCUUUUGUUUGGUGUUCUGGUGAUUGGUGUGCGUUUUGCUUACGUUGUUACCAUUCGAGGGGAGUCGUGCGAUUUGGGUGACUUCUGCUUCUUCUCUUUGCCCGAAAGUUUUAACCUUCCUGGCGCCGGAAAAAUUGGGCCCUCGGCCAUUGUUGUCAAAGACGCCGCCCGAUCUACUUUUGCGGCGCCAAGCCGCGUUGAUCUCUGGACCAGCAAAGGCUGGCGCAAGGCGGUGCAGUUUUACUCGUCUGUGUUCCAAGAUCUGAUCGUCGAUGGCUACCUCACGCCGAAUUCGAAAUCGCUGUGCGUAGAAACUUCAGCUGGGCAAGAUGUGUUUGCAUUGAGGGAGAUCGGCGUUGUGGACGCUAUCGGCACGGCGAAGAAGAAAUCCCCACCAUUGGUAGUGUCCGCUCUUCCCUCUCGCCAGCCGUUCGACGACGACACCUUCGAUUUCGUGUUCUCCGGCGGCGGAGCGUUAGAUAAGGUGAUGCGACCGCUCGAUUUCGCUUCCGAGAUAGCGCGGACCCUUAAACCCGAAGGGUUUUUGGUGGUUCAUACAAAGACUAAAGAUGAGUAUAGUUUCAAUUCAUUUGUUGAUUUAUUCAAUUGCUGCAAAGUAGUGAAAACAAGGGAACUAGACGGCAUGGAUUCGUCGAUGCCUUACAUACGUGAGAUUGUUUUGAAAAAAGAACCUGGAAUUCUCAGCCAUGGGACGCCGAAGUCUCAUAGCAAUUCUGUGAAUAAGUGCUCUGUUCCGGGACAUAAAAGAGAGUUGUUCCGGAAAGCUGAGCCAUUGAUUACAGAGGAGCCAUUGAAGCCAUGGAUUUCUCUGAAAAGGAAUAUUAAGAACAUAAAGUAUCUUCCCUCAAUGGCGGAUAUAAGCUUUAAGCAGAGGUAUGUGUAUAUUGAUGUUGGAGCAAGGAGUUACGGCUCCAGUAUAGGGAGCUGGUUCAGGAAACAAUACCCAAAGCAGAAUAAGACCUUCGAAGUUUAUGCAAUUGAGGCUGAUAAAACUUUUCAUGACGAGUACAAGUUGAAGAAAAGGGUCACUCUUUUGCCCUAUGCUGCAUGGGUGAGGAAUGAGACAUUGUCCUUCGAGAUUAAUCAAGACCCGGGUCAUAAGGACGUGGAAAAAGGCCGAGGAAUGGGUCGGAUUCAACCUGGGCAAUCGUCCGCCAGUUCGGAUGCAGUAGUGGAUCAGAUUGAGGGAUUUGAUUUUGCAAACUGGUUGAAGAACAGCGUGUCGGAGAGAGAUUUUGUGGUGAUGAAGAUGGAUGUGGAAGGGACAGAAUUUGAUUUGAUUCCAAGGUUGUUUGAAACAGGUGCUAUUUGCUUGAUUGAUGAGAUAUUUCUGGAAUGCCACUAUAACAGGUGGCAGAGAUGCUGCCCAGGUGAGAGGAGUUCCAAGUAUCAGAAAACGUAUGACCAAUGCUUGGAUCUGUUCUCUAAUCUCAGAAACAGUGGAGUUCUUGUUCAUCAGUGGUGGUGACUGGUUACAACACUCCAUACAUGAUCCUGUACCAUUUCUUGCUUUUGCUUUUCCCCUCGAGGAGGCCUGUUCCUGAUUUUUACAGUGGAAAGUGGAAGCAUUCUAUUUGCCUUUUUUUUUUUUUCUUUUUUCUUUUUUUAAAUUUUAAUAAUUUAAAUAUUCACCAAUUUCUUUUAUUUGUAAGGUUAGUUAAAAAUUUUCCAUUUCUUUCAGCUUAAGUGCAAGUAGAGAUGAGAAGGGUUUGAAAGAAGCUUUAGUCUUGAAUUAUGUAUCUGCUAAAUAAAGGUUCAAGUUUGCAUGCA